CGACCUCAUACGUGCUCGCCACCUUUCCCUGCCAUUUUGAUUUUGGGCCGAACUCUUUCUUUGAACGUUCGAGUACAUCUUUGUCACAGUUCACAAGGUAGGAGGUCAGCAAUCACAGUCGCAGGUACUCGCCAUGAACAAUUACUACCCUUUCGGGUACCCGCCGUACCCAGGCCAGCCGCCUGCUCAACAGCAGCCGCAGCAGCAGCCCUACUCCUACCCGAUUGCGCCGCCCUUCGCUCAAUAUCCUCAGCACACCGAAAACACCUAUGAUGGUGUCAUGCAUUCACAGCCCUCAUACGAGCAGAAUCAAAACAUGAUUCCUGGCCUUGGUGGCUACGGUCAUCUCCCUCAGCUUCCCCAGCUUCCUCAGAGCUUUGGUUGGCAGCAACCCCAGCAGUCGCUGGAGCAGCAGCCAGCUCUCCAGCAUCACUGGCAGCCCCCGAGAGAGGGUCCCAACCUCAUUCCAGCAUCGCAGUACUAUCACGCCGACCAGGCCCCGAAGCCCAAGGCCCCCGUCGCCUCCGGCGCUCUCCCUCCCACCGCGCCGAAGCGAUUCGCGAAGCAAAUGUCCAACGAUGCUGAGGAAGGCGAGCUUUCUGACGGCGAACUCGACGACGUGUACGAGCCUCAGGAGACCCUUCCAGAGGCGAGCUCACGCCAGCAACGCCAGAGCCUGCCGAAUGCCGCAAUUGUGAACGCGCGCAAUGGCAAGAGCAGUGCCGAAUAUCCCAAUGCAAGCUCCUACGGUGGCCCGAGAGAUGGCGGGAUGAAACGCCCUGCAGUGGCCGGUGGUGAUGAUCGAGAGCAUUCCGGAUCAUACUCCCCCCAUCUGUCUCCUCACGAAGUUCACCCGCGCACGGCAUCCAAUAAUCAACACGGCGCUUCCUCCUCACAGACGCAUGUCUCUAGCGGACAAUUCAAUCAGCCUCUCGCGACGAUAGUCGGUCAGCAGCAAGGCAAGAAUGCAGUCGAGGAAGCUCGGCAGAGGGCUCGGUCCGCUAUUGGCAACCUCUGGCCCCUGGGUAUUCGCCGUCAGGACUUCGUCGAUGAGGGCAUCGACAAAACCAUCGUCGACAACCUCUUGACUGACUUGAAGCUGGAUACCAACGCACCCAGUCAAUUCUCUAUUCCAGGCGUUUCCACUGCUACGUCCCUGCCCGGGCUCUCUUAUGCCUCUAGUCAGUCUGCCUCUCAACAGGCCAGAACGGCAGGUGCAGCCCUGCCCCCGAAGCCCCCGGCGCAGCAACAGUCAUCGCCUUCAGCAGUGAAGUCGGCUGGAGAAGAGAGAAAGGAUCGGAUUGCUCGCCUGUUGGCUGCAAAGGGUGCAAAGGCAGCGGCAUCUUCAUCCACCACCACUGGUGCACAAGCUGGUGUGCCGAACGAUAAGGAACUCGUCCAGCAACAAAAGAAGGAUGCUCUGCAGAAAUCCCGUGAAGCCCGUGCUCAGAAGGCAGCGGAGCGCAAAGGCUCUUUGCAAUCCUCCCAGUCAAAGGAGGCUUCCCCAGUUGAACCUCCUCGCAGACCUCAAUCAGCAAUUGCCAACGUGCCGGUCGUGGCGCCUGCUGCAAACCAACUCGCUCGACCCAAUGCCAUGCAACAAUCAGCUGAUCGUCAGACUGCUCCAGCUUCGGCCAUUCCUGGUCUUUUCACAUCUGCUCCACAGCCUGCACCUUUCAUCAACCAGCGCAAAAGACCUGUCGCGUCCGACUUCGUGGCCAAUGCCUAUGCCAAUAAACGCCCAUUCGGUCAUACUCAGCAAGACACUCGGUUUGUCAUUGAUGUUAGUGAAGGGUCUGAUGACGAGGAUGUUGAGAUGGAGAUUGGAUCUCCCACAGACGAGCCGUCAAGCACUCAGCAAGACACGCCCUCUCUUAGACCGGCGUCUUUCCGCGACUUUCCGCCCUUGUCCAACGGUCUUCCUCAACGCCAGCUCUCGAGCCCUGCUCCAAGCAACAUCACUACUCCUCAGUCCGGUGCUGUAGGUCAGCCAAAGCAAGCUCAUAUAGACGUCAUGGAUAAACAGAUUGAGGCCAUGAAGCGCAAGAUUGCGUUGGCUGAGGCUCGCGCCAAGCUCAAGGCUGCCAUGGGUGAUAAGUCACUUGCCCAGAAGUCGGCUGUCCAGACACCGGACACUGCUCUUGAUUCGGAUGGCGGCAAGCCAAGCAUGCGCAGAGUCCAGUCAAUGGGUGAAUCCCAUGCAUCUGACCCGCCCAACGGCCAGCAGUCGCCCGCGAUCGCUGAGCCCAGCAGUUCACUGCGCUUGCCCAAACCAUCGGACAACCGCAUUCAGGGUGAAUCUAGUCGUUCUCAGAAGCUUCGGACUGCUAGCACCAAUCUUCCACUUCUCGAGAACAGACUCCAGACGAAGAAGAGCAAGCUCCGCCUUCUGCAGAUUCAAAUGUCUCGUCUAGAGCAAGAAAUUCAAGAAGAGGAGACUGAGAAGCAGAAGUUGACGCAGGAGAUGGAACAGCUCGAACAGGACUCGGAUGAGUCGUCUGAGCCUCAGAAUCAGUUGAAAAGCAAUUCUGUCGAUCCCGUUGUUACUGCAACAUCCACGGCCCAGACCGAGAUGCAGACUCCUUUGUCUGCUGCCGCAGACGCUGAGCAGAGUCCCAGCAAAGUGGCUGGACAAUCAGAUGCUGCAAGCGUGCGUUCCAGCAAGUCUCCUGCAAUGAGUCACGACAAGAACAUUUCCCACGCGGCCGAUGAUGCCGAAAAUGCGGUCACUGGUAAAGCCGCAGCGAGCCCUUUGCAAGCCCCACCUUCCACAGAGACCCCCAUGCCUGCGCUUCAUGAGACUCACAGCAACCCUGAGACUGUGGGUGAUGAUGAUGAGUCGCAGCCAAUCACUAGUGAUGAUGCCUCCGAUGUUGCCAUGGCCGAGUCCGAUGACUCCAGCUCCUCCAAGCAAGAGCAUGAAGACGUAUACGAGCUCGCUGAAAAUGUUGUUCCGGCAGCUGUCGCGAAGUCUCCGUCCCUCAGCCCAGUUGCAGCAGAUAGCGCUGUUUCGCUUGUCAACAGUGAUACUGACUCACAGCAAACGAGUGCCAGAGCCUCACAGAUUCCCGAGCAGAUCUCGCUGGGAGUCAACGAGUCGACCCCUGAGCAGGGUGUCAACGCCGUGAGAGAAGCCCCGCUUGCUACACAGAGCACUGACGAGGCAUCAUCGUCUGGAGAACGCUUCACCCCUUACGAGAGUCCGCUCCAGUAUUUCCGUGCUUACCGAUACCAUCCCAAGUUUGCUGAAACCGUCCCUGGCGGGCUUCGGUCCCUCACCUACAGCAACAGGAUUGAUCCGAACCUGCCCAUCUGUCCAGACCAGCUAGCCAGCCGGGACUGCCCUCGGGGUGCUGACUGCAUUUACCAGCAUUUCGAGUCCAUGAAGCUGCCGGACGACCAGAUUCUCCUCCAGUUGGGUGGCACGACCCUGGAAGGACCCGAGAAGACGCAGUUCAACGAUGGAUUGCGCAAAUUGUUGCAAGAGAUGAGAUCCCAGAACAUCAAGGACUUCCCCAGCAUUGCAAAAGGCAUAGUCGACUACCACAACCGCUUCAAUGGCGACCCGUCAAAGAUCCUGCCUCUUGGCAAUGUUUCGAUCUGAGUGGCGGAAGAGAUACGAGCUUGAUUAAGCUUCGUUUGUAUCACCCAAUGUCCACAUCGAUUGGACUGUUUGAGUAUUGGCUCAUCCCCUUCCCUUUCCCUUUGGCAUCACAGAAUUUUGUUUCUUUCCCUUCGUCUUUACAUACAUACCCAUCGCAUACCUCUUAGCAGAGGCCCUUUUGGCCGGCUGAUAAGAGUCUUGGGCGGCGUUUGCGAGAUACCCCCUCCUUGCGUUACUUUCAGAAGU